GCAUCGUGGUUCGAAACUUUGUCCAUGCAAUUUUGCAGCCAGUUAAAUUAACUACCACGUGGCUUACAGGGCGUAGCCACCGCACGUAGUGCGUUACUAUAGGGAGCAUUCGUCUGGAGCCUGUACACAAUGGCGUUCGGUAAGCGUCAAGGAAGGCCAUCGCUAGGCGAUCGCGUGAUCAAGCUGCUGCGCCUUAACAGUGGCGAAAGCCGUAUAUAUGCAGGUUUCUUUCUAGCACUCAUUUUUCUGUAUAUGUUUUUCUCGGACGGUAACUUUUCGUUUUUGCUCACGCUCUCGUCACUUCUCAGUUGCUUGAGUUUCAUGGUGGUGACAUACUGCAUCGAGUCUGGCAAAUCAUGUAAAGGCAUAUCUCUGCAGACCAUGUUCUGCUACGUGGUACUGCUAUUCUCUAGGUUAAUGGCCAUAGUGCCUUAUUAUGGCUACCUUCCUGCGGACGCUAGUGGAGACUUUCUGUAUCAGUCUUCCGAAUUCGUUGCCUGCUGUUUCGCGGCCUACAUCGUAUACCUCUGCGCCGUAAAGUACAAAAACACGUACGAAAAGGAACUUGACACAAUGUCAGCGGCCUAUAUACUGAUACCCAGCUUUGUCAUGGCAAUGAUAUUGCACCCAUCACUCAACCGUAGCAAGUUCGGUGACACUGCGUGGGCCUUCGCGCUCUAUGUCGAGACGUUCUGCGUACUGCCUCAGCUGAUCAUGUUCCAGGCAUCGGACCGCGCCAACACUUCUACGGUUCACUUUACCGCCGCGCAGUCAUCUGCCAAGAUACUGGGCUUCAUAUUCUGGAUUUCUACCUACAAGGAGUUGAAUGCCAGGGGUAACAUACUGACACACUACGUUGGACACUGCGUGAUAUUCACGCAGUUCCUGCAGAUUCUCAUUGUUGCCGACUUCUUCUUCCACUAUAUGCAGUGUAUCACGCGCGGUAUCCCGGUUGAACUCAUUAUGGCCGAGGAUGUGUAGCCCUACGUGGCAAACAUCGUAACCUCUAU